AUGCCCGAGACAGCAGCGCAGGAGAAUCCCAUCCCGCCUAAAGAGUCCUCCUUCUCCAUCAAAAACCUGCUGAACUGUGAUCGAAAGCCGUCAAAGCCCAAGACUUUGCUGUCGGCGGUGAAAGGGGUGGUCGAGGGCACGACUUUCUCCUUACCUCACUGCAGGGAGCCCGGCUUCCCCAGGUUUGAACUCCCAGCGCAGAGAUUUGCUUUGCCGGCGCACUAUCUGGAGAGGUCCCCCGCCUGGUGGUACCCCUGCACACUCACAUCCGGGGUGCAUCUCCCGCGGACAGAAGCUGUCGAGAAAAGCAGCGGAUGUGCCCGAGACUCCUCUCCGGACAGAGACUCUCCCGAGCCGGCCCUCAAAAUCGAGCCGGACGGCAAAGAAAAGGAAGACGCCAAAAGCCUGGAAGAGAUCGUACUGGAGGAAUCGAGCGACGCGGAGGAACAAAAGAAGGAAGAUAAUAACAGUGAGGACUGGAAAAAGAGGGCGGAAAGUCCCGAGAGAAAGCCGUGUAGGAAGAAGAAAACUCGCACAGUUUUCUCAAGGAGUCAGGUUUUCCAGCUGGAGUCGACCUUCGACAUGAAGCGUUACCUGAGCAGCUCAGAGAGAGCGGGGCUCGCCGCCUCUCUCCACCUGACUGAGACCCAGGUGAAGAUCUGGUUCCAGAACCGCCGAAAUAAGUGGAAAAGGCAGCUGGCUGCCGAACUGGAAGCGGCCAACAUGAGCCACGCGGCCCAAAGGAUAGUUCGGGUGCCUAUCUUAUACCAUGAGAACUCGGCUUCGGAGUCUGGGAGCCCUGGUAACGCACCAGUCACCCAGCCUUUACUAACAUUCCCACAUCCAGCCUAUUACUCACAUCCUGUAGUCACAUCCGUACCCCUCCUGCGGCCAGUCUGAUUUUAUUUUAAUAUUUAACUUGUUAUUACUUUUUUGUAAGAUUAGACAUUGUAGUUUUGAAGCAACGAAUCACAAGAAGACCAGAUGUAAAUGUCUACAUUGUUCACUUCGUUUAACUUCAGCUGUACCCCUUUAAAGGCCAGUCUGGGUUUAUCAAUUACUCUCAUUUUGUUUGACCAAUUCCUUUUUGUAAGAUCAAGCCAUGUAGUUUUGAGAGGAUCUGCUGUAAAUGUCUUUUUGUAAGUACUUAAAAGGAGUGGUGAAAAUGUUGUUCCUUAUUAUGGUUUCACGUAUCUGUGCAAUAUUGUACUAUAGAAGUUAAAGCACUGUUUUGGAGUUUAGAGAAAAAUCAUUGCAAGUUGAAACCCAAUUUAUAUUGGUAUAAACUGGAAUAACGUGUGACGAGUAGCGAUUCUGGACGCUAUCAAGUUUCGAAUGUCAAGGCGCUUUAACUGAAGGACAAUCAGAAAAAAAAUAUUUAAGGUUCUUUUUAUUUAUU